CGCCGUUCCGCCGAGAGGCCCUGUCGCCAGGCACUGUCGCUGCCCUGAGGAAAGCUGCUGUCGCCGCCCGCCCGCCCUUGUAUGCGCAGAUGGACCCGGUGGAAGUCGCUGCUGUUCCCGACGCCGGGCCGGGCCCCGCCUGGCAAAGCAAGAAUGUUUAUUUCCAGUGCCCCUGGGGAGCUCCUAACACACCUGCAAUCUCAUGUUCCCUUGCUGAUGUCAUGAGUGAGCAGCUGGCUAAAGAGCUGCAGCUGGAAGAAGAAAGUGCUGCCUUCCCUGAAGUGGCUGCUGUUGCAGAAGGACCAUUCAUUACAGGAGAGAACAUUGACACCUCCAGUGACCUGAUGCUGGCUCAGAUGCUGCAGAUGGAAUUCGACAGGGAAUACGACGCGCAGCUCCGGCGCGAGGAGAGGAAGAUCAACGGGGACAGCAAAGUCUCCAUAUCCUUUGAAAACUAUCGGAAGGUGCAUCCCUAUGACAGCGACAGCUCAGAGGAUGAGGUGGACUGGCAGGACACUCGGCACGAUCCCUACAGAGCAGAUAAACCUACUACUACACCAAGAAAGGGCUUCAUAGGCAAAGGAAAAGACAUCACCACCAAACAUGAUGAAGUGGUAUGUGGAAGGAAGAACACUGCCCGCAUGGAAAACUUUGCUCCCGAGUUCCAAGUUGGGGAUGGGAUUGGGAUGGACCUGAAGCUGUCAAAUCAAGUCUUCAAUGCCUUAAAGCAGCAUGCCUACUCUGAGGAGCGGCGGAGUGCGAGGCUCCACGAGAAGAAGGAACACUCCACUGCUGAGAAAGCAGUGGAUCCUAAAACACGUUUGCUCCUCUACAAGAUGGUCAAUGGUGGGAUGCUGGAGACCAUCACAGGCUGCAUCAGCACAGGGAAAGAAUCUGUUGUGUUUCAUGCCUAUGGAGGAAGCACAGCUGAAGGUAAAGUGGUGCCUGCAGAGUGUGCCAUCAAGGUGUUCAAAACCACCCUCAAUGAGUUCAAGAACCGGGACAAGUACAUCAAGGACGACUACAGGUUCAAAGACCGCUUCAGCAAGCUGAACCCACGCAAGGUCAUCCGCAUGUGGGCUGAGAAGGAGAUGCACAACCUGACAAGGAUGCAAAAUGCAGGAAUUCCUUGUCCUCAAGUGGUUAUCCUCAAGAAGCAUGUCUUGGUUAUGUCUUUCAUUGGCCAGGAUCAAGUGCCAGCUCCCAAGCUGAAGGAUGUAACACUCAGUAGUGAGGAUAUGACAAAGGCCUACCAUCAGAUUCUUCAUAUGAUGCAGCAGCUGUACAAGGAGUGCAACCUGGUCCAUGCAGAUCUGAGUGAAUAUAACAUGCUGUGGCAUGGAGGGAAGGUCUGGCUUAUUGAUGUCAGUCAGUCUGUGGAACCAACCCACCCUCAUGGACUCGAGUUUUUGUUCAGAGACUGUAAGAAUGUUUCACAGUUCUUCCAGAAGGCAGGGGUGGCAGAAGCGCUUAACGAGCGGGAGCUCUUCAACGCCGUCUCGGGUUUGCACAUCACAGCUGACAACGAAGUAGACUUCCAAGCAGAGAUUGAAGCUCUGGAGAAGAUGAAUGAGGAUCACGUGCAGAAUCAUGGCAAGAAACAGUCAAUGUUCUCAAGUGAUGGAGACCCACCUAUAUAUGAUGAAUAGCACUGAGUGUAUAGCUGCUAACCAAACCAAACCCAAAUGUACUGCUUCUAACUCUGUUGGUGCAGUGGUAAAUGUCAACUGCCAGUGUCAGGAGGGAGUGGUUGACUUGGGAGCACCACACUGGAACACACAGCGAGCAUACGGCGAUGCCUCGGUGGCUUUUUAACUUGGCCCACAGGUCAGGCUGGCACUGUGAGAACAGACUGACACUACCUCUCCAGAUGGCCUGCCAAGGGCACCAGUUGCCCCCUUACCUUAGACUAAUGUAGCUGAGGUGGUCAUAUUUUGCAUGAUUCAGAGCUUGUGUCUUUUUAGGUUUAAAACUCUUUUGAAAUCCCCUAGGUCAGCUGAAGCAGUGAGUGGGAAAAAGCACAGGAGGAGAGCCCCUCUCUUACUCAUUGGUGUGUGGAUGGGGUGCUAGUGAACCCUUCAGCCUUCUCCACCAAGGCAUAAAGAAAAGGCUGAAUCCACAUGAAAAUGUCAAUGUAGCAAAGCAGUGUUGAUACGCACAAGCCUGGGCCUUCUCCCUGGGAGGCCGGGGGGUGUGGUGCUCUCUAUACAUACAAUUGGCUAUUGCAUGAGAAGCAGUGAUCAGUCCAACAGCAGAGGAUUCCUUUGGCCCUCAGGAAAGCCUGGGGGCUGCAUCCAAAUUGCCUGACAGAGUGAGUUCAGUUAGCUUCACUCGACAGAAAAAAUGGUUCCAAGAACUUGCUGCAAGGUCUCUAAACCACUCCUGCUUUACAGCGGGGUAGAGCGUCAAAGAUUCUCACUCCCCCCAGCCAGAGCCUGUGACAGCUAAAUAGUGAUCACAGCAUUCUCUUCAAACACAGCUUUCUGCAAAGAGAACACUUAAAAGUUGCCAUCUUCUCAUGCUUUUAGUCUUAACCUCAGCCUGUUUAUUGUAGCAAGUCCUAAAACUCUGUUUCCCACCAAAAGAAGACAUCCAGGAUGUGAGCUGAUGGCAGCAGGGUGCUUUGGAACAAAGAAGUUCUGAUCAGUGGUGACCUCUUGGUCACUGUUUCUGCUGCUGCUCUCUAUCAAGCAGAAUCUCGUGGUGCUCCAGGGGACAUUCUCACAGUGUGCUGUAAAGUGAGGGUUGGGGUGGUUGUGUUUUUUUAACCAGAAUCUUGCUUUUGAUGGAAAAUGGGUGGUGAAGUAAAAA